CGCGCAACAUCUCGCCAAUUUUUUCAAGAUCCACCAAAACUGUCUUCGCAUAGGGAUAGGGAUGCAUUUGAUUAUCCACAACAGGUCAAUGGGAAAACAUCAAGAACACAUGCCAUGGUCGAUCCUAACCAGUUCAUUGAGGAUCUCAGUGAUAGUGAGGAAUGGGAAGAGGUAGUCCAACUGGUUAAUAGGCCGCCUGCACUCAAAAGACCAGCAGGAAUGGAAAUUGAGAGACCAGUGAAGCGUGGUCUACUUGGUACUGCACCACCUGUAUCGCCCACACCUCCCAAAAAUGGACCACAUCCAACUAGUGCCAAACAUUUUCCUCCUGGAUUUAUACCACCACCGGCAAUGCCUGCGAAACUGUCUGCAGCGAAGCCGCCUGGAUUUAUACCACCACCGGCAAUGCUUGCAAAGCCGUCGGCAACUGCUCUGCGUCCAUCAAUGGAACAGGUUUCAUCAAAAUCAUUUUUCCGUAUGGAAUAUCCGAGUGUCAGGCCAAAAAUCUAUUUUAGUAAUCAACAAUCGUACAGAGAAGAAGAAGAAGAAGCACAGCAGUCAAACGGAUCCACAGAACCUGCACAAGCGAGAAUUGCUCCGGCGGCUCCUACUUCUGGUUAUUCCUAUAACUGGCGUCAUGAAGUGCCUGCAGAUCCGAUGGCAAAGCAUGGUGGAGUGGAAUCUAGAUUUGGUGGUUACUUCGAAUGA